CAUGCAAAGGGGUAUUAUAAUGAAGGUUUUUUUUUUACUAUGGUUUUAUAAUGAAGUAAAAGUUGUCCCGGUAUUAUCAGUUUUCAAUGGUUUUUUUUUACUAUGGUUUUAUUACGAGUCUAUGACUAGAAAGUCGUUACAUAAAUGGUUUUUUUUAACUAUGGUUUUAGUACUGCAUAAUAUCUUAAAAGGAUAGAUUUAAAAAGUUGUCCCAGUAUUAUCAGUUUUCAAUGUUCCAACAAAAUUCUUUCCAUUUUGUUUGUCAACCAUUUUCUUCUACAUUUUCUUAUCAUCGUGGCCCAAUUCUUCCUCAUUUUAUAUUAUAUAAAAACCCCAAAUAUCCGUUUGUUUUUGUACCGACGCUUUGAUUGCGGUGACCAUCUAUAAAUAGACAAUUUUCACGACUUCCUCUCUUUCCACUUCUGUCUCUGUCUGUCUGUCUGUCUCUCUCUCUCUCUCUAAUAUGGGAUCUCAAACUGAUUUGGAUCAUGAAAGCGGUCGCAAGUUUAAGAUGUUGCAACCCUCUCAAUGGACUGAUUACUUCCUCUACUUCCCGAUCGAUGAAUUUGAACUAGAUGUCCUUGCAAGCGAACUCGAAGCAAUCAAGCCCAACGUCAGAGACAUGCUCAUGUCCUCUAACCAUGCAGAAAGUCAUGACUCCACGAAGAGGAAAAUACUUCUGAUAUAUUUGAUGAUCAGUCUUGGUAUUGCAUAUCAUUUUGAGAAUGAGAUCGAAAAGAUCUUGAUACACGCCUUUGAGAAGAUUGAUGAUAUGGUCGAAAGUGAGCAUGACCUUUACGCAAUCUCCAUCUUCUUUUGGGUUUUCCGAACCUAUGGUUACAACAUGUCGGCUGAUGCAUUCAAGAGAUUCAAAGGGGAUGAUGGAAAGUUUAUGGACUCGUUAACAAAGGAUGCUAAAGGCAUGUUGAGCUUGUAUGAAGCCGCUCAUUUGAGGACGACAAGAGAUUAUAUAAUGGACGAAGCGUUGAGCUUCGCAACGAAACAUAUGGAGUCAUUGGCAGGACGAUCAAGCCCUCAUCUCUCCAGGCUUAUACAGAAUGCUCUUGGUCUAUCUCAACAUUGGAACAUGGAGAUAUUAGUCGCAAUGGAAUAUAUCUCCUUCUACGAACAAGAAGAAGACCAUGAUGAGACAUUGCUCAAGUUUUCAAAGCUCAAUUUCAAGUUACUACAACUUAUUUACCUUAAGGAGCUCAAAAUGGUUACAAAAUGGUACAAGGAGCUCGACUUUGCAUCUAAGUUGCCACCUUAUUUCAGAGACAGAGUGGUGGAGUUACAUUUUUUUGUUAUAUCGAUGUAUUUUGAGCCACAUUUCUCAAGUGCGAGGAUUAUGUUGACUAAGUUCGUCACGGCCGAAACCAUUAUUGACGACACUUUCGAUAGAUAUGCCUCUAUGUCUGAAGCUGAAAGCCUGGCCAAAAGUCUAGAAAGGUGGGCUCCUGAUAAAGACAUGGAUAAACAACCAAAUUAUUUGAAAUUCGUAUUUAAAUUUAUACUGGAUGUAUUCAAAGAUUUCGAAAGAGAAGUGGGGUCAGAAGGAAGAUCUUACAUCGUGAAAAGUACAGUAGAAGAGUUCAAAAUACUCGUGAAAGCCAAUCUUGACCUUGCCAAAUGGGCGCAAAUCGCUCACGUGCCUAGCUUUGAGGAUUAUAUGGUGGUCGGUGAGCUGGAGGUCUCGUGGUACGCGAGUAUGGCAGGCACUUUUAUGGGCAUGGGUCAUAUUGCUAUGAAGGGAGCUUAUGAGUGGCUCAAAUCAAGACCAAAACUCAUCCAAGCAAUAUCUAUAAAUGGACGUCUGAUGAAUGACAUGACAGGUUUCUGAGGAUGACAUGAGUAGAGGAUAUGUAACAAAUGGGAUCAACUGUUAUAUGAAGCAAUAUGGAGUUACAAAAGCCGAAGCUUAUAAGGAGCUUCAUAAAAUGCGUGUUCACAAUGACAAAAUAGUGAACGGAGAGUUGUUGACGACAAAAGAUGUGCCAAGGAGAGUUCUCAAGCAAGCCAUCAAUUGUGCACGCAUGGCCAGUGUUGCCUAUGGCUAUGGUGAAGGCUUAACACACCCUGAAGGCAAAAUAAAGGACUAUAUUGUUUCUCUUUAUCUUGAUUGGAAAGACGUUGAUUGGAAACACUACUAAUGAGUGUAACCUUUGUCCUUUUUCUGUGUGCAACAGUGUGACCUUUCUCUUUUUUUUUUGUGCAACAGUGUGACCUUUGUCUUUGGUUCUUAUUAGUUUGUUAUUUUUAAGUCGUU